UUUUAUGAUUCUUUGGUAUUAAAGUUUAUUUCAGCUUUUGCAAAUUACACGCAAUUAAACCAUAAAAAAUGUAAAGUGCAACAUAAAAGGAUGCCUGGGUCCAGAAGUUUUUAUAAUUAUACAUACUAAAUGUCCAAAAUACCAUCUCAAAAUUACAAAGAGAACAUUUUGUCUCCUUUAUUUUUAAAAAAAAGAAAAUCAUACCCAUGUAACACUUUAGAUUGAAUGGUUUUACAUAAUUGACUACUAAACUACACAAACGUGUAUAAACUGCACUAUUAGCAUUAGUCUGCAUAGACCGCAUUAGACCUCUUUCCCCAGUCUUCUGUUACACCUGUUUGCAUGCAUUUCUCAUCUCCACCUCUGAUUGGCCAUUUCUUCUGAGGAGGUGGGGCUAGGGUAAAGUAUCUGAGAUGCCUUCAAGAAAAGCUCCAUGUAUAUUCAGCCAAAACACAAGAAACAGAAGAGAGUGCAGAGUUUAGUUAAAAAAAAAUAAAUAGAGAAACCAGGAUUUCAAACAGAGAAAACAGAUGGCAGGUCUUGGAGGAAUCAAAGGAUUGGUGUUUUUGCUUGGAGUACUCUCACAGGUACAGAGUUUUGAGUCACAGUUUAUUUAUACAUUAUUACCCUUUAUACAUGUAUGAAUAGUUCCGUAAGAUGUAGCAUAUACUGAUGUGGGAAUAAGAGAAAUAGUACUACUUAAUAAAAUAAAUGUUCAUAUUCAUAUUUUAACUUUCUAUUUUAAGUAUUAUGCAGUUACGAAAGCUUAGAAUUCAAAAUCUAAUAAUAGAGAAAAUGUGCACAAUAGUUUACUUACACGAAUGUUUACAAUCUAACAAAUGUCUUUUUGAAUUGUUUCAUUUACAGGCAUCAGGUACCGUUCAUCUGGAUCACAUUGACAGUAUCUGUUAAAUUCAAAUUCAAACUCAUUAAUGCACUGUUCUUGGUUGUUAUUUGUAUUAUAUAACCAACACUGACGAAUACCUCUGAAAGAUACGUUUCUUGUAUUUUUCAGGCAGCACAAUGAGCGUGAGUAUUUUUACGGUGACAUCAAAGAGUGCAGUGCUGCGCUGGAGCAGGUAUGAAGGUGCAUUGUCCUACAGAGUAACAGCUUCCCUCCGGAACUCUCCGGUCUCAGUGGUCUUUGCCAACUUCGGACAGAACACUAUUAUGGGCUCCGUUAAUUCCCUGAACCCCAACACUGCAUACACUUUUCAUGUUGAGGCCCUGGGAAGCCUCAUGAAUGUGCUGGCAGAUGCUAAUGUGGAUGGAUCUACUGCUCCUGAUGUGCCCACCAUUAAGAUGGCCUCUUCUAAAGAAAGCAAUAGUAUCACGGUGGAAUUCACUGAUGUCUCCGGUGCGACGUCCUACAUCCUGCGCGCUGAGACAAACGAUGGAUCUUUCUUCUCUGAGAUCCCAGUACCCUCGUCUCCGGGGACUGUCACCAACCUCCAACCAUACACAGACUACACUCUCAGUGUCAUGUCCGUCAACAGUGCAGGCAGAAGCCAGCCAUCCAUCUCCGUGGAGGCAAAGACAGUACUUCCUGCUCCUCAGUUCAACACCAGCUCUCCCAGUAACAGCAGUAUCCUGGUGAAGUGGGAGCCAGUCAAUCACGCUGUCCUCUACAGCCUCAGCAUUAUCAAAGCCGGCUCAUACAACCGAAGUCGAUUCAACACCACAGACACUCAGUUCCUCCUUCAAGACCUGGAAGCAGGAACCUCUUAUUGUAUUAAGGGAAAUGCCUGGAGUCCUGAGAACAUUCCCGGAGAUGACUUAACAAUUUGCCAGAUCACACGUCCUCCCACUCCUCAGUCUGUUGCUCUGGUGGUGACAAGCACCCCUGACGCAGGUAUUGUGGUGUCGUGGGACUCAGCCAAGAGUGCAGAGCAGUAUGUUGCCUUGAGCUUGACUGGCCAGAACUGCUCCUCAUCUAGUAACUCCUGCAUCCUGAUUCCUUUGAGCUGCGGAGAGACAAACUCUGUCACUGUGAUUGCUAUCAACCAGGCCGGAAACAGUGUCCCCUCAUUCCCAGUUCAGAUUAUUUCAUUCCCUUGUCCCCCACAGCCUAUCUGGGUGGAGGAGGUGGUGGCUGGUAACUGCUCUGUGAAGUGGAGCUCUGUCCCUCACGCAGAGUACUACACUACCUUUAUUAAGAGUGAUGAUGGCAUCGAGGGGACGUGCAACUCAACUGAGACACAGUGUCAGUUUCACUGCAGCUGCGGAUACUCCUACAUCAUGAGUGUGUUUGCACACAACCAGGCUGGACCCAGUCCCCCGGGACCCCUUGUCAACCACACCACCUUGCCUUGCUGUCCAAAGCUCACAUCGGUUUCUGCAGUUUCUUGGGAGACGCUGAUGAUAGAGUGGUCUCCUGUGCGUGGUGCAGAUCUGUAUGAGACUCGUGCUGUGGAUGCAACAGAAACGAUCUUGUGUAAUGACACGGCGCCCAGCUGUGCCCUCUCUGACCUCACUUGCAACAGCAGGUACAGCGUAGUCGUCAUACCAUGCAACGACGUAAGCGGCUGCAACCUCACCUGCAGUCCACAAACGCAUGAAACAGCUCCAUGCACGCCUCAGAUCAUCAGCGUGAGCCAGAGUAACGCGUUUACUGUGCUGGUUAACUGGACUUCUGCUAACACUGCUGCCAACUACACCGUCACUGUGAUUGGCUUAGCGGGCGAGGAGCAUGUCUGUCACUCAAAUGGCACUUCCUGUCAGGUGCCCAACCUGCCCUGUGGCUCCAACUAUGAUGUCAGUGCCACAGCAUCCUCCUCAGCUGGAAAGAGCAUGCCCAGCUACACCGUUCCCCUGGAAACAGCACCUUGUUGCCCAGACAAUCUCACGGUGAGCCAGGUGACCCAGGCCAUGACCAACGUGACCUGGUCGGACGCUAGCGGCGCCUUGACCUACAUCGCCUCUCUGUCUUCACCACGAGGCAAUGCGCAGUGUCACACCAUGGACACCGGAUGCAUAAUGGGAUGCAUCACCUGCGGCACUAACUACACCGUCUCCCUGGAAGCCAUCAGCCGCACCGGGCACAAGGCGGAGUGCACCUAUCAUGGAUUUUCUGCCAGUGACUGCUGUCCCUCGGGCAUCCGUCUCUUUCGAGGAACCAAUAACACGCUGCGUGUGCGCUGGAGGUCAAGCAGCGCCCUCACCAACUACACAGCAGAGGUCAUGGGGAGCAACAGCACUCACGUGUGCAGCCCAGAGCCCGGCAGCAACACAUGCGACGUGUCAGAGAUCGUGUGUGGUCAGGUGUACUCGGUAGUCGUCGCCCCACUCAAUCGAGACGGAACCAAGGUCCUGUUCUGUAACAGAAGGACGUAUUCAGUCUCAUGUGUGGGCAGCAAUGUUGGAAUGGUUCUCUAUCAAGGAAAAAGAUAAUGAUGGGACGGAUGUCCUUCAGACAGCGAGCUUCUGCUAAUAUUGGAUGACUGGAUUCUUCAGAAGAUACCCUUGAACCUGUAUCGAAUACUUUACAACACAGUGAUUUACUGUAUUGGCUUAUGAAGUCAGGCAGUGAACAAAUUUUAAUGUUAUUACUUGAAUAAUGUCAUUAGUCAGGAUUCAACACUGUCCAAUCACUGAUGUUUAUAUAUUUAAAUUGCUUUAAAGAUAUGUAAUUUAUGUCAAUUAUUUAAUAUGGUUUGAUUAGAUGUGACACUGAUUAAUGGGAGAAUCUGUAAGAGGAAUUUGCACGAUUUUCUUUCAACAGACGAUGAAUGUAUAUUAUUAUUAUAUUAUUAACUUAAUUUUCAGGCAUCCCUAGUAUUAUCUCAGGGAUUUUCAGUAAACCCAAUUCAUGAUAUAGUGUGUCAAAUUAUUUUCUGCAAUUGGAAUUUCUACGAUUCUCCCCUCAAAAAUCAGUUGAUAGUAAACUAAAAGUUAUUUUGGUGAAGCACUUCUUUGCAACAUCCAAACAGUGGCAGUGGUUACAUCUAUUUAUCAGUUUCCAGGAAUAAUUGACAUAAAAUGAAACAGUAAUUUCCCAGUUUUUAAAACAGGAGGAUCACUCUGAGAGAUAAAUGAAUCUGAACUCCCCUACAGUAAGUAAGUAGUGCCUCUGAGGGAAAUAUACAUCUGUUUGUUAAUUCAACUUCCCUUGGAUGUUUGUCAAAUACAAGAUUUGUUAUGAUGUAAUUUAACAUCUAUAUUUUGACAAUAAAAUUCAUCCCCUGCAUUAAUAAA